AUGGAGGAUGAGGAUUCUAUGUUCAACUCUAAAAUGUACUUGGACUGCGCACAAAUAACGUUCCACGACAAAAGCGCCAACAUUCACUGUGAUUUCUUCUCUUUCGUCGGCUCCAUCCUGGCAUUGCUCAUGAUUCCGACGGUUGCUUUGGGGAUCAUCUUCAAUUGUAUGCUUUUCGCCGCCUUGUACCUGACCAUAAAGCGCUCAGCCAAGUUGUCCACCAUAUCGAUGGCAUUCUGUACCAUGGAAAUCCUCUACAUGGUACAAUUUGGCAUAGUUGAUGGCUACUCUACGCGUGGCCUGCCCUGGCUCGGCUUCACGGGCAGGUUCCUCGACGUGACGAGCGAAGCGCAUUGUAGAACCGUUUCACUGUGUCGG